UCAUUUUGAGGAGUUGGACUUAUUCUUGCUUAAUCUUGUUUCUAGUUAAUCAACUAGUUUAUCACGGACGCCCAUGGCAUCUAUUAGAAUGCGAUCGCAGAGAGCCGGCCCGGAGAACGGGGCCAAAUGUGUUCAUCAGGAGUCUUCGAAUUCCCUGGGGAAAGGGUUUUUGUUAUUUGAUACAGAAUCGACCAUUUCAUUACUGAGAACAAAAACUGACGAAGAUGACAGCAACGGAGAAAGAUUCGGAGGUUCGUGGAAAUGCUGUAUUAUACUCACGGUGGGACUACUAGUAGCGAUUGUUUUUACAAUCGUCGUGGCACUGCUUAGUAGUAAUAACGCACAUCAUAAGCAGGGCAUGCCAUCAGAGGGCGCUUCAGACCCGAUGUCCAGUGUAUACCAACAUGCAGCUGUUGUGACGGAUACAGAGAUAUGUUCAAUCAUGGGGAAGGAAAUCUUGGAGCGGGGUGGCUCGGCUGUGGACGCUCUCAUUACAUCGCAGCUAUGUAUCGGCCUUGUGAAUGCGCAGAGCUCCGGUCUGGGCGGCGGCUUCUUCAUGGUCAUUUAUGACGCAGCCAGCCAAUCGUCUCACUUCAUCGAUGCCAGAGAGACGGCGCCCUCAGGGGCCAAUUGGGGUUUCGUCACUCAUCGACUUGCAACUGGCUCGCAGACAGGUAUCAAUUCAACAGCCAUUCCUGGUGAAGUGCGCGGUCUAUGGGACGCUCACCAAAAGUAUGGAAAGCUACCGUGGGAGGAUCUGUUUAAACCAAUAAUUGAGCUGGCUGACAAGGGAUACCGUGCUACUUCGCAUCUCGAGGAUACGUUACGGAAGAUGGUAGCGGUUAAACCGCUAAGCGAAUAUGAGGGACAAUGGGACAUCUACUUAAAUGAAGAUGAAAGCUAUAAACGCGAAGGGGAUCUAGUAAAAAAUAUCGCCUUGGCAAACACACUGCGUGCAAUAUCAGUGAAUGGAUCAGACGAAUUCUACACCGGAGCGACGGCAAUGAAAAUGGUUGACGAAGUGCAGGAAUUAGGCGGUAUCCUGACAAUGAGGGAUCUUGGCAGUUAUUCAACCCGAUCAGGUCCGGCAGUGACGUCACCUGUCGGUGAAGAUAUGAUAUUACUAGCGCCCCCAUCGCCGUCAGGGGGUCCAGUGCUACAGUUUAUUGUCAACGUCAUGCAGUCAUUUAAUUUAACACACGAAGAUUUCAAACCUGGUCCGAAUCUGGUUAGAACUUAUCACCGAUUUCUAGAAGCUAGUCGCUUUGCGUUCGGGCUAAGAAGUAGGAUAGGGGACAAAGAAACCCCGGAUGUACAGCAGGCAUUAGGUGCCCUUGGAUCUCUUGAGUAUGCCCGUCAAGUAGCGGCUUCAAUUCCUACUAACCGUGUUUAUUCUACGAACUCGAGCUAUUACAACGUCAUACCCCAAGUUACUACUACCCUAGGCGGUACGAGUCACGUUAGUGUACUCGCAGAAAAUGGCGAUGCGGCAUCAUCCACAACGUCCGUCAAUUACAGAUUUGGGAGUAAGGUCCGCUCACCGUCUACAGGCAUCAUUUACAACAACGACAUGUCCGAUUUUAGCUACGAUCUUGCUUCCCCUAAUUAUGUCGCUCCUGGGAAGCGCCCUCUCUCGUCGAUGUGUGGUUCUAUAGUUAUCGGCAAAGAUGGUCACGUGAGGUUGGUGGAGGGGAGCGCGGGAAGCAAGAAAAUCAUUACAAUGAAUGCGUGGGUUAUUUUAAGUACGAUGCUAGGUCAGAUGCCACUCUCGCAAGCAAUCGACGGAAAGCUGAUUCACGCUGAGCUGAGACCCGAAAUAUAUGAAGUUUAUGAGAGUGGUUUUGAUCAGGACAUGAUUGAUCAGCUGACGACACUAGGCCAUGGCUUGAUCGAACAGACAACCAUAUUUGGCGUUAUUCAAGGUAUACUGAAAUCAGACGAAACCAUUUUUGCGUAUUCAGACCCUCGGAAAGGAGGAAAAUCUUCAGGCUACUGAGAACGGACUGAAUUAGAAACGUAUACUUCUUCUUUGCCAUUUUUCUUGUCAUUUUAGCUGAGGGUGGGGCCGG